AUGGCUCGUUAUUUCUCACAGUCGAAAAUUGAUGAAUUUAAAGAAUGCUUCAGUUUUAAUGCUCGAAAGAAUCAAAUUAGCCAAGUUGAGGAAUUAUCACUGAUUAUGCGUUCCUUGGGAUUCAGCCCAACACGAGAAGAAACAACAAAAUAUUUAGAAAAAUACAAAAACGAAGAUAGCAUCAUCAACUUUGCUUUGUUCCUUGAUAUUCUGCAUGAACAUUGUCAAACCGAGAACAACGAAAAGGAAAUUAUGCAAGCAUUUCAAGCGCAUGAUAAAAAUAAAACUGGAACUGUUCCUGGCAAUGAACUCCGACAAAUCUUACUCAAUUUGGGAGAAAGACUCACCAGAAACGAAGUUGAUACCAUGUUCCGAGAAAUGAAUUUUCCUGCAAAUGGUCCAAUUCGUUAUGAAUCAUUGGUGAAAUAUCUUCUUACACCAAUUCCAGACUACUGA